AAAAGAAGAAAAAUCCUAAACGCGAUCUAAAUCUUAAGCCCUCUCUCUCUCUCUCCCUUCCAGUCCCACCACUCUCCACGAUACUUCUCUUCUCUAUGCGCUUCGAAUCAGAACAACCACUGAGUCAACUCGCCCCACAACUCGCCGAGGUACCAACCUCUCUGAAGCUACAUCAAGAAGCCAAUCGACCUUCUAGAAAGCCUAGUUCGCCAGCGACCUCAUUUCCAGAUCUGACUCACUGAGUCGCGACUCGUAAGGAUUCCGGGAAUGGCUUCCUCGGAAGCCGAUUCCCGCCUGAGCCAGGUCGUGUCCCCAGCCCUAGAGCGAAUCAUCAAGAACGCCUCUUGGCGCAAGCACGCCAAGCUCGCUCACGAGUGCAAAGCCGUCCUCGAAAAGCUCGGUUCCAAGCAGCCUCCCAGUACCGGUCCAGAUUCCGAGGCCGAUGCGUCCGGUCCGGGGCCGCUCCACGGCGGUGGCUGGACGGACUACUCCCUCGCCGAGUCCGAGUCCAUCCUCAGCCCUCUGAUCAACGGCGCCUCCUCCGGCGUCCUCAAGAUCGCGGAUCCGGUCGUCGAUUGCGUUCAGAAGCUAAUUGCAUAUGGAUACUUGCGAGGCGAGGCCGACCCUAGCGGCGGAGACGAGGGGAAGCUCCUGGCGAGGCUGAUCGAAUCGGUUUGCAAAUGCUACGAUUUAGGCGACGAUCAGAUGGAGCUCUCGGUGUUGAAGACGCUCUUGUCGGCGGUGACUUCGAUUUCGCUUCGAAUUCAUGGCGAUUGUUUGCUCCAGAUUGUGAGGACUUGCUACGAUAUAUACCUCGGAAGUAAGAAUGUGGUUAAUCAGACCACUGCCAAAGCAUCGUUGGUCCAAAUGCUGGUGAUUGUGUUCCGGAGGAUGGAGGCCGACUCGUCCACGGUGCCAAUUCAGCCCAUUGUGGUCGCCGAACUCAUGGAACCGAUCGAGAAAUCAGAUGCGGACGGGUCGAUGACGAUGUUCGUGCAAGGAUUCAUAACCAAAAUUAUGCAGGACAUCGACGGAGUGUUGAACCCCGUUACGCCAAGCUCACUCAGCGGACACGACGGCGCGUUUGAGACGACUGCGGUUGAGACAACAAACCCGACGGAUUUGUUGGAUUCGACGGAUAAGGAUAUGUUGGACGCGAAGUAUUGGGAAAUCAGUAUGUACAAGACGGCCUUGGAGGGAAGGAAAGGGGAGUUGGCGGAUGGGGAAGGGGAGAGAGACGAUGAUUUGGAAGUUCAGAUCGGGAACAAGUUGAGGAGAGACGCUUUUUUGGUGUUCCGAGCUCUUUGUAAGCUUUCGAUGAAGACGCCUCCCAAGGAGGCAUUGGCGGAUCCUCAGUUGAUGAAGGGAAAGAUUGUGGCUUUGGAGUUGUUGAAGAUUUUGCUGGAGAAUGCAGGGGCUGUUUUUCGAACUAGUGAGAGGUUUUUAGGUGCCAUUAAGCAGUACUUGUGUCUUUCAUUGUUGAAGAACAGCGCUUCGACUCUUAUGAUAGUUUUUCAGCUAUCUUGCUCCAUAUUCAUUAGUCUUGUGUCAAGAUUUCGAGCUGGAUUGAAAGCAGAAAUUGGAGUGUUUUUUCCUAUGAUUGUUCUCAGAGUUUUGGAAAAUGUUGCACAACCCAAUUUUCAGCAGAAGAUGAUAGUGCUUCGGUUUCUUGAGAAGCUCUGUGUUGAUUCACAGAUCUUAGUAGACAUAUUCAUCAAUUACGAUUGUGAUGUCAAUUCAUCAAACAUAUUUGAGAGGAUGGUUAAUGGACUUCUUAAAACAGCACAAGGUGUUCCUCCUGGUGGAGUCACCACCUUGUUACCUCUUCAGGAGGCAACAAUGAAGCUUGAAGCAAUGAAGUGUUUAGUUGCUGUUUUAAGGUCGAUGGGAGAUUGGAUGAACAAACAAUUGCGCAUUCCAGAUCCUCAUUCCCCCAAGAAAAUUGACUCAACUGACAGUAGUCCAGAACCGGGAAGUCUUCCAAUGGCAAAUGGCAAUGGUGAUGAGCCUGCUGAAGGAUCAGAUUCUCAUUCUGAAGCUUCGAAUGAGGCUUCUGAUGCUUUGACAAUUGAGCAACGCCGGGCUUACAAGCUGGAACUUCAGGAAGGUAUAUCUCUUUUUAACCGGAAACCCAAGAAAGGAAUUGAGUUCCUUAUUAAUGCAAAUAAGGUGGGAAGUUCGCCAGAGGAGAUAGCAGCUUUUCUUAAAAAUGCAUCUGGUUUGAGCAAGACUUUGAUUGGUGAUUACCUUGGUGAAAGAGAAGAGUUAUCUUUGAAAGUGAUGCAUGCGUAUGUGGAUUCCUUUGAUUUUCAAGGUAUGCAGUUUGAUGAGGCAAUCCGGGCCUUUCUUCAAGGUUUUAGGUUGCCAGGAGAGGCGCAAAAGAUAGAUCGAAUCAUGGAAAAGUUUGCUGAGCGCUAUUGCAAAUGUAACCCAAAGGCUUUUAUUAGUGCCGACACAGCCUAUGUCCUUGCUUACUCCGUGAUAAUGCUCAAUACAGAUGCUCACAACCCUAUGGUGAAGAACAAGAUGUCGGCUGAUGAUUUUAUAAGGAACAAUCGUGGCAUAGAUGAUGGAAAAGAUUUACCUGAAGAGUACUUGAGGUCAUUGUUUGAGCGAAUUUCAAGAAAUGAGAUAAAAAUGAAAGAAGAUGAUUUGGCUCCUCAACAGAUACAAUCAAUUAACACAAAUCGACUCUUGGGCUUGGACUCUAUUUUGAACAUUGUGAUCCGUAAACGGGAUGACAAGCAUAUGGAGACCAGUGACGAUCUUUAUAGGCACAUGCAAGAACAGUUCAAAGAAAAAGCACGCAAAUCUGAGUCUGUGUAUUAUGCUGCAACAGAUGUUGUGAUUCUAAGAUUUAUGAUUGAGGUAUGCUGGGCUCCAAUGCUGGCUGCAUUCAGUGUUCCGCUUGACCAAAGUGAUGAUGAAGUAAUAAUAGCUCUAUGCCUUGAAGGCAUUCGUUAUGCUAUUCAUGUUACUGCUGUGAUGUCCAUGAAAACUCAUAGAGAUGCAUUCGUCACUUCACUGGCGAAGUUUACUUCUCUCCACUCUCCCGCUGAUAUCAAGCAGAAAAACAUAGAUGCAAUUAAGGCAAUAGUGACAAUUGCGGAUGAGGAUGGGAACUACUUGCAAGAAGCUUGGGAGCAUAUUUUGACAUGUGUUUCUAGGUUUGAACAUUUACAUCUGUUGGGAGAGGGUGCUCCUCCAGAUGCCACGUUUUUUGCUUUUCCGCAGAAUGAAUCAGAAAAAUCAAAACAAAAUAAGUCAACAAUCCUUCCUGUUUUAAAGAAAAAGGGAGCUGGGCGGAUUCAGUAUGCAGCUUCUACGGUCAUGAGAGGUUCAUACGACAGUGCUGGCAUAGGUGGGAAUGCAUCUGUCACAUCUGAACAGAUGAACAACUUAGUUUCUAAUUUAAACAUGUUAGAACAAGUUGGAAGCUCUGAAAUGAGUCGCAUAUUCACGCGGAGUCAAAAGUUGAACAGCGAGGCAAUUGUUGAUUUUGUUAAGGCUCUUUGCAAGGUUUCCAUGGAGGAAUUGCGAUCUGCAUCUGAUCCUCGGGUUUUUAGCCUUACAAAGAUUGUUGAGAUUGCGCACUAUAACAUGAACAGAAUUAGGCUUGUGUGGUCAAGCAUCUGGCAUGUUCUCUCUGAUUUCUUUGUAACAAUUGGCUGUUCUGAAAACCUUUCCAUUGCAAUUUUUGCAAUGGAUUCAUUACGCCAGUUGUCAAUGAAAUUUUUAGAGCGAGAAGAGUUGACUAAUUAUAAUUUCCAGAAUGAGUUCAUGAAGCCUUUUGUCAUUGUUAUGCGCAAAAGUAGUGCAGUUGAAAUAAGAGAACUAAUUAUCAGAUGUGUCUCACAAAUGGUUUUAUCUCGAGUCAAUAAUGUCAAAUCUGGAUGGAAGAGCAUGUUCAUGGUAUUCACAACCGCAGCUUAUGAUGACCACAAAAACAUUGUGCUCUUGGCCUUUGAAAUAAUUGAGAAAAUUAUUAGAGAUUACUUCCCAUAUAUCACUGAGACUGAAACCACGACCUUUACAGAUUGUGUGAAUUGUCUUGUUGCAUUCACAAAUAGUAGAUUCAAUAAAGAUAUUAGCCUCAAUGCUAUUUCUUUUCUUCGGUUCUGUGCAACAAAACUCGCUCAGGGAGAUCUUGGUGCUUCUGGAAAAACUUCUCCAUCUUCACCUAAAACUGGUUUAGAAGGAAAACAAGAAAAUGGAGACAUGCCAGAUAAGGAUGACAAUCUCUAUUUCUGGUUUCCUCUAUUGGCCGGUUUGUCAGAACUUAGCUUUGACCCUAGGCCCGAAAUCAGAAAGAGUGCCUUGCAAGUGCUGUUUGAGACUUUACGCAACCACGGUCACCUUUUCUCCCUGCAAUUGUGGGAACGGGUGUUUGAAUCAGUUCUUUUUCCAAUAUUUGAUUAUGUGCGGCAUGCUAUUGACCCAUCCGGGGAGGACUCACCAAGGGAAGUUGAUGGUGAUACCGGAGAGCUUGAUCAAGAUGCCUGGCUCUAUGAGACGUGCACAUUGGCCCUCCAACUAGUUGUAGAUCUUUUUGUGAAGUUCUACAGCACAGUCAAUCCACUUUUGAAGAAAGUUUUGACGCUUUUAGUAAGUUUUAUUAAGCGUCCUCACCAAAGCUUAGCUGGUAUUGGUAUUGCUGCAUUUGUUCGCUUGAUGAGCAAUGCUGGUGAUCUGUUUUCUGAUGAAAAGUGGCUAGAAGUGGUUUUGUCGUUGAAAGAAGCUGCAAAUUCAACUUUACCUGAUUUCUCUUUCAUAAUGGGCGGAGAUAAUAUUAUUAGAAACAAUGAAUUAGGUUAUAGCCGGCAAAGCAAUGGAGAGACUGCUGUAUCUAGCAUGCCUGAUGAAGAUACAGAAAGACUAAGGACACAGCAUCUUUACACUUGUAUAUCUGACGUUAAAUGUAGGGCUGCUGUUCAGCUUUUAUUGAUUCAGGCGGUGACGGAAAUUUAUAACAUGUAUCGAUCUCACUUGUCCGCCAAAAACAUCCUAGUCCUAUUCGGUGCUCUGCAAGAUGUAGCAUCUCAUGCUCACCAGAUUAACAGCAACACCACGCUGCGUGCAAAGCUACAGGAGUUUGGCUCCAUGACACAAAUGCAAGACCCACCACUUUUACGUCUCGAAAAUGAGUCUUACCAGUUUUGCCUCACAUAUUUGCAAAACCUCGUAGAGGACAGGCCUCCGAGUUAUGAGGAGGCAGAAGUGGAGGCCCACCUUGUUAACCUCUGCCGCGAGAUUCUUCAGUUCUACAUUGAAAGCUCUCGUUUUGGACAGAUAUCAGAAUCAUCAAGUGGCGGGCAACCCCAUUGGGAAAUUCCCCUAGGUUCUGGGAAGCGGAGAGAAUUGGCGGCACGCGCGCCCCUUAUCGUGACCACACUUCAAGCAAUCUGUAGUUUGGGAGAAUCUUCAUUUGAGAACAACUUGAAUCAUUUCUUUCCCCUUCUUUCAAGCUUAAUAAGUUGUGAACAUGGGUCAAAUGAGGUCCAGGUGGCUCUUAGCGACAUGCUCAGCUCUUCAGUGGGUCCUGUUUUGCUUCGGUCAUGUUGAUUUUUGUGAGAUUGGACCCUGCAUAUUGAGAUGUAUGAUAUUCUUUUUUUUUUUUUUUCCUCUGAACUUCCAAUUCUCUUUUCUUUUGAUUUAUAUAAUAAUUGUUAUCGGAAAUAUAGUUAGUGUAUGAAGAGUUAGCUAGUGCUUCUAGACACUCUAGUUUAUUCAGGAGUUCUGCUCCAUUUAGAAUUCAUAGAUAUAUCUUCAGGGGUUUCGCUGUUGUAUUUGAGUCACAUUUCUUAUUCCAUAUAUUUUUUUUUCUAUAAACGAGUGAGUUUCAUAUUAAAUAUUUAAUGUACAAUUACAAUAUUGCUCA